AUGGCACUUUGUCAUCCUCUCUCAUUCAGCAAUCCCAAACCAGUUGCUUCCCUAAGUUCCAGCUUUGUUCCUGGCGGAACAAAACCUUCAUACUUUUCCAUCAAUGAGAAACUGAAAACGGGUAACAAUCUUCGAUAUAUAUCGUUUUCAAUUUCCUGUUCCUCUAUCAAACUUGUCCGUGACCGUACACUUGAUAGGCAUGUUGUCAUGAAGCAUAGGAUUAGGUUUGUUCAAAAGUUAAAAACUUUACUUCUCUCUAAACCGAAACAUUUUAUUCCAGUUCAUAUUCUGUGUAAAUGUCGUUCUUAUCUUGGUCUUCCUAAGCCUCGUUCCAUACUUUCUAUGAUUCAUAGAUAUCCAUCCAUUUUUGAACUCUUCAAUAUCCCAUGGCCACCCAAACCAGUAUAUGCAACCAGGUUACAUCCCCAACUCUGUGUUCGAUUAACCCCAGCUGCAGCUGCCGUUGCUGCUGAGGAAUUGAAUUUUCAAUCCUCCCUUUCCAACACGUUGGCAGGCAAACUCCAAAAGCUUCUCAUGCUAUCUUCUCGCCGCCAGUUACUUCUGUCGAAAUUGGUUCACUUUGCUCCACAUCUUGGUCUCCCUCCUAAUUUUAGGUCCCGGUUGUGCAAUGAUCAUCCGGACAAAUUCAAGACUGUUGACACGCCCUAUGGCCGUGCACUUGAGCUUGUAUCUUGGGAUGUCAACUUGUCAAAUCCGCUGCCGCCUCCUGCAUCCUGUGACCCUGGUUUCAUAGUUGACCGUCCUUUGAAGUUCAAGCAAUUGAGACUUCGAAAGGGGCUUAAUUUAAAGAGAAGUCACCGGGAUUUCUUGCUAAGAUUUGAAGAAAUGCCAGAAGUGUGCCCCUAUAGGAAUCCUGCUGAGACUUUUGCCAAGGCAUCGUUGGAGGCAGAAAAGAGAACUUGUGCAUUGAUAAGGGAGGUUCUUGCAAUGACAAUUGAAAAGAGGACUUUAAUAGACCACUUGACUCAUUUCAGAAAGGAGUUUGGCCUCCCGAACAAGUUGAGAGGGUUGAUACUAAGGCACCCAGAAUUGUUUUAUGUGAGUUUGAAAGGGCAGAGACACUCGGUUUUCUUGGUGGAGGGGUUUGGUGAGAAGGGUAACUUAUUGGAGAAGGACGAGAUUUUAUCCAUACAAGAUAAAUGGAUGGACUUGGCUAGGGAGUCCAAGAUUAUGAGACGCGAGAGAAGGAAGGGUAGGCUUGGCAAAGAUAUUGGCAGGUUGAACGAGACUGAUCAAAACAAUUAUGACAGUGAUGAUGAUUAUGAUGAUAAUAUAGAGAUCGAUAAUUUUAAGAAUGGGUAUGAUGAUGGUUUUGAGGAUAUAUUUGAAGAGUUGGAUUUCGAGACUGAGGAUGAUGAUCAAGAUAACAAGGUUUUAGCCCAAAACAACUAUGGAGAAUUUUGGACUGCAGGACCUUUUCCUAUACAUGGUUUGGAUGAAGCGGAGAUGCAGCCUUGGUAG